UCCCCAGCCAACACUCGCCGCCCGGCUGCGCGAUGGGAGAUCCAGACGAACACGAACGUCAAGCCGUAGCCGCCGGGGAGCUUAUCUCUGCCUGCAACCCUCCUCCCACCGAGGGUAACGCCGUCGUCGGCGUGGCAAACCUGCCGCCUCCUGGAUUCCUCGCGGCCCUCCCACACGCCGGCCUGAACACCAGGGCCGUCGGCCUGGUCGAUCCCGCCAGGCAGGAGCCCAGGGGCCGCGCGCUCGGCCGGGGAGACAAGCGCCGCUCCGUCCAGGGUCUCGUCAACGAGAUCGACCACAAUUUGCCGGCCGGAGAAGCCCCGGAGGAGGGCGAGGGCAGCGCGGUGGAAGCCCCGCAGGAGACGCCCACGCAGAGGAAGCGCACGCAUCGAUCUGCCAUCAGGAGGAGGAAGCACAGUGGGUCCUCGACCAUGGCCAACCUGUACGACGAUGGCCAGAACAAGGAUGAAAGCACCGGGUUGGGGCUCUCCGCGAAGCGGAAGAGGAAGAGGAGCAAGUACCUCUUGCUGCCAUACACCAACGAUCUUGACGGGCUGGAUCUCGACGAGAAGGAGGAGGAUGUCGGUGUCCGGGAGGUCUUGCUGUUGGUGCGUGGCUUCGCCAAGGACAUAUUUCAUCGGAGGUAUUUUCCUCGGGCUGCAAAGAGGUAUCUCGGAAGGCUUAGGAGCACAACGUUCUUGCCGGAGAAUACUUUUGCAAAUGGUGUUGUUGUUCCUGAAUGUCCAGCAGAGGAUUCUUUUGCAAAAGCUACUGCAGAUGCUACAAUUGUGGUAUCUGAUUCAUCAUGUGAUUCUGAAAAGAAACAAGGCGAAGGUGCAUUCACGGGGAGCGGAGGGAAGAAUGAUCAAGAUGGAAGUGGAGGUUCUUCUAUCAAAGGGAAAGAGGUGGAGAAAGCCCCUCCACCAAAAAACCAUCUUGACCAUGGCUUACUUAUUACUCCCACUAUUCCUAUCAGGCAAGUGAGGCCAGAAGGUGUGAUAAGCCAUGUGAAACCAGGAGUUGAGGUAGAUACUGUCACAAGUGUGCAGAGGCCAACGGAAGAAAACGUUCCUCCUACAACUGGUUUGCUUCCUAUGCAUGAAGGCAUAUCUUCUCAGCCCACACAUGGAAAUGAAAACAUUGUCCAAGAACAAGAACCUAAUGCUUCUCUGCAGGUGAUGGUUCUGAAGGUACCGAACGUUCAUCCACCCCCACCUGCCCCGACAACUCAGCUGAGCAUCCCUGAAAUGAUGAGCGGGGUCAAGCACAUGAUCUCGCACCUGCAAGAUGGAGUCAAGCCCGUCCAGGAGAACCUUCUAGGCGAUUUGCAGAGGCUUCUGGCAAACCUGGACAGGGCACAACCCGGGCCUUCUAGCUCCGCGACUGCUACUUCAUAGCCCCUGUCCACCGUCUGGCUUCGUGGCUCUGGCCUCUCCAUAGUUCUUGUUGGUGUAUGGGAUCUUAUUGUUUUCUUUUCGUGGAGCUUCUUUUUUCCAUUUGAUGAUGAACAAAAUGUAAUUGCAAAGUCAAUGUGA